CGUCCGAGCGCCUGCGCGAGACUCCGUCCGCGCUUGAUUUUUGCCGCUGGGAGUGUCGGAUGCGCGAACGAGACGCCGCCCGAACCGUAGCGUGUGUUAACGUGCGCGUCGGGCGCGGCUCGCGGGCCCUGUGAGCAGCAUUGAUGCGGACCUCCGCCUGCGGGCAUCCACACCCGAGGAGCCGGCAAAGCACGCCUCGCCCCGACUGACAAGCAUCCGCCAUUGCGCCGAGCCACUUUGCCGCUGCGGCGCCCACCUCGGAAGCCAUCCGUCACCACCUGCGGAUCUCGGAUUUCUCGCAACGGUCAGCUUUGUGAGCAUGGACGACACACCGGCAUGCACAACUGGAACGGAGGCUGCUGCUGCAGAAGAGUCAGCCAAGAGGCAAGGGGGCACACGGGUAUUCAAGAAGAGCUCACCAAAUGGCAAGAUUACGAUGUACUUGGGAAAGAGGGACUUUGUGGACCACAUCACCAGCGUUGAUCCAAUAGAUGGCGUAGUCCUGAUUGACCCAGACUACGUGAAGGAACGAAAGGUAUUUGGACACGUACUGGCAGCCUUCCGGUAUGGCCGUGAGGACUUGGAUGUGCUGGGACUGACGUUCCGCAAGGACCUCUACCUGGCCUCAGAGCAGAUCUACCCACCUCUAGCAGAGACUGCAGGACGACCACUGACACGGCUGCAGGAGCGACUACUGCGCAAGCUGGGCCCCAAUGCGUACCCCUUCUACUUUGAGCUGCCGCCACACUGUCCUGCUUCAGUAACCCUUCAGCCCGCUCCGGGGGACACAGGCAAGCCCUGCGGAGUCGACUAUGAGCUCAAGGGCUAUGUUGCAGACAGCCCCGAAGACAAGCCUCAUAAGCGGAACUCUGUGCGCUUGGCCAUCCGCAAGAUCAUGUAUGCACCCAGCCGGCAAGGAGAGCAACCCAGCGUGGAGGUGAGCAAGGAGUUUGUCAUGUCACCCAACAAGCUGCACCUGGAGGCCUCCCUCGACAAGGAGCUCUACCAUCACGGGGAGGACAUUGCUGUCAAUGUUCACAUUGCAAACAACUCCAACCGCACUGUGAAGAAGGUCAAGGUCUCUGUGCGCCAGUUUGCGGACAUCUGCCUCUUUUCAACGGCACAGUACAAGUGCACAGUGGCCGAAAUCGACUCCGAGGAGGGGUGUCCAGUGAGUCCGGGCUUUACACUUUCCAAGGUGUACUACCUGCGGCCCCUGCUUGCUAACAACAAAGACAAGCGGGGUCUGGCGUUGGAUGGGCAGCUGAAGCAUGAAGAUACCAACCUUGCUUCAUCCACCAUAAUCACAGACCCAGCACAGAAAGAGAACCUUGGCAUCAUCGUGCAGUACAAGGUCAAGGUGAAGCUCUGCCUGGGGCCACUUGGAGGGGACCUGGUAGCUGAGCUGCCUUUCAUCCUGAUGCACCCGAAACCCGAAGAGUCAAGCCCGAUUCGAGUUGUCAGUGAACCCAAGGCUCCAGGCCCCAUACCACUGGACACCAACUUGAUUGAGCUGGACACGGAUGCUGCGGCCAGCCUAGAUGAUGAUGACAUCAUCUUUGAAGACUUUGCACGGCUGCGGCUCCGCGGUGAGACGGACGCCUGAGGGGACUGCAGUCUGUGCGCUCCCUAAGUGCCAAACCGUCGACGAGCUUAGCUCCCGUCCCCCACCUGGACUGGCGGCUCCACUCCCUGGUGCACCGCCUCUGCAGGGUCUGUGCAAGAAGGCAAGGCUGCGGAUCGACAGUCGCCCUCCCAAUGUUCCCGUCCCUCAUUGUGCAUCUUGUCCGAGGCAGGUCACCAAGCACCUUCAGGCAGGCAGUUCCAACAGCCGAAGGCGUUUGCGACACCUCCCAUUUGUGCUCCAGCUCCCUUCAGCAGUGUCCACUUAUCCGAGGCACACACCUUCUGAGUGGACUCUUGCGAUCAUGCAAGCUAUGGACGUCCAUCCAUCUAUGUUUUGGUGUAGAGCUUACUGCAGUGCGGCUGGAGAGGGAAAGGUGCCGCUGGAUGUACCGUUAAAGUGGCUGGCUCCUCUUUGACUGGAAUAAUACACACAUCUCACAUUUCGCUGAAGCACUUUGGCUGCAUUAAUAUUCUUUGGCUAAGGAAUUGGAUAACACUCGAUGCCAUGCUUGAAAAAAAAAAAAAAAAGACUAGCUUUAAUGUCCCGUCCUGUACACGUGCGACAGUGUUCAACGUCAUUCAAAGUCUUAUGGCGUAUGCAUGCUGCACGUGGUGUUCAGCAGCAGGCUUCCCUUCAGCUGCGCUGUAGGGAAAUGUGUGGCUUGUGAAUGUAAACUUUAGUCCCUUUUGCAAGUGGUCCUACGGCUGGUGGGCGAGAGCGCCACCUCUGCCUGCACUGGCACUUUCAUACUGUAUUUUAGCGGCCAUGCUCAAGCUCACACCAGGUUCAUCAGGGUCCUUAUCACCGGCCGCUUGAGCGAAAAACCUGUGAUGGAAAGCAGUGUAGCACUGCGUGCAACAGUAGUAGGCUCUUCAGCCGGCCAUGCGUGGUGUCGUUGAGUGGUUUCUGAAAGCACAAUCCUUGCUUGUCAUGUUUUUCCAGCUGAAGACUGUGCUUCACUGUGGAACUGUUUUGGCGUCGUGCAAACUGGCCCUUUGUGAAAACAAUUCUGUGAGUGAUGAAUGAGCAUUUUCCAGUCAUUUCAAGCAGACGUGGGUGUCUUGACAAGAGGUCAAUCGAAGAAGUCUUCAAUGUCCACUUCGGGGUCAAGCAGGUGAUCAGCAAGUGGACCCAGGUCAAGUUGGUCAAGCAGGAGGUUCUCACAAGUUUCCUCCAGAUCUGUAUCGCCAAUCAGCACGGCUCCCUUAAGCCUCCCAUCAUGGAGAAGCAGCUUGAUGUACUCCUGGCCUGGGUUCACGCGCACAAGGGCUCGGCAUUCAGCUAGGCCUUGGCCAUUGAAGAUGCCCAGAAGGACCACCUGCAAGACCAUCUCUCUGAACCAACUGGCAGAGUGAGCUAACGGCAAUGCUGCUGUGAAUAAAUGCCCACCAUGGACAA